AUGUUGCGCUGCCCAAUGUACGGGGUUAUUACCCCAAUCUGGUCGCAUCUGCAGCAGCAGCAGCAGCAGCAGCAGCAGCAGCAGGGAGAGGGGUGUGAAGUGCCAGCAGCAGCAGCGGCAGCAGCUGCAGCAAACGAUCCAGCGCACGCUGCAGCAAGGCCAGAGGAAGAAGCAGCAGUAACAGCAGCACCUGCUUCAGCAGCUGCAGCAGCAGCAAGCUCAAUUGAUGCAGCAGCAGCAGGCCCAAAUGCAGCACCAGCAGCAGAUCCAAUUGCACCAGCAGCAACAGCAGCAGCAGCAGCGGCGGACCCAACUGCCGCAGCAGCAGCAGCAGUACACCCAACUGCAGCAGCAGCAGCAGCAGUACACCCAACUGCAGCAGCAGCAGCACAUCAAACUACAACAGCAGCAGCAGCAGUGCAUCCGACUGCAACAGCAGCAGCAGCAGUGCAUCCGACUGCAACAGCAGCAGCAGCAGUGCAUCCGACUGCAGCAGCAGCAGCAGCAGCAGUGCAUCCGACUGCAGCAGCAGCAGCAGCAGCAGUACAUCCGACUGCAGCAGCAGCAGCAGCAGCAGUACAUCCGACUGCAGCAGCAGCAGCAGCAGCAGCAGCAGCAGCAUACGUUGCUCCUGCCCUGAGAAGAGCCACCACGAGCCGCUCCACAAUUGCUGCUUCUCCUCUGUUCACAUAA